UUUUUCUCUGCUUUCUUUAAUGGCGGCCCGAAGGAUCUCAUCACUUCUCUCUCGCUCAUUCACCUCUUCAUCGGUUGCUUUUGUUUCUCGAGGGAAGAACUCUUACCUAGGCACAGGAACUUGUAACUAUAGCACAGCUGCUGCUAUUGAUGAGCCAAUCAAGCCACCAGUCAGUGUAGAUCAUAAUCAGCUUCUUAUAAAUGGACAGUUUGUGGACGCAGCAUCCGGAAAAACUUUUCCAACUUUGGACCCUAGGACAGGGGAGGUGAUUGCUCAUGUUGCCGAAGGUGAUGUAGAAGACAUCAAUCGAGCAGUUGCUGCAGCUCGCAAAGCUUUUGAUGAAGGACCAUGGCCAAAAAUGACUGCUUAUGAAAGAUCAAGGAUAAUGUUGCGCUUUGCAGACUUGGUUGAGAAGCAUAAUGAUGAAAUUGCAGCACUUGAGACUUGGGACAAUGGGAAGCCAUACGAACAAUCCGCUAGUAUUGAAGUACCAAUGUUUGUACGCCUAAUGCGAUAUUAUGCUGGUUGGGCAGAUAAAAUUCAUGGUCUCACCCUUCCUGCUGAUGGACCGUAUCAUGUGCAAACUUUGCAUGAACCAAUUGGUGUUGCCGGCCUGAUUAUCCCGUGGAAUUUUCCUCUUCUCAUAUAUGCUUGGAAAGUUGGGCCUGCCCUAGCCUGUGGUAACACUGUUGUUCUGAAGACAGCAGAACGGACGCCACUGUCUGCUCUAUAUGUAUCAAAGCUAUUCCAUGAGGCGGGGCUUCCUUCUGGCGUUUUGAAUGUGGUUUCUGGCUUUGGUCCCACUGCUGGGGCAGCUCUUUGCAGUCAUAUGGAUGUGGACAAGCUUGCUUUUACUGGAUCAACAGAGACUGGAAAAAUUGUACUUCAAUUGUCUGCUCAAAGUAAUCUUAAGCCAGUGACUUUGGAACUUGGUGGGAAAUCCCCUUUCAUUGUAUGUGAGGAUGCUGAUGUAGAUAAGGCUGUUGAGCUGGCACACUUUGCUCUAUUCUUUAACCAGGGACAAUGCUGCUGUGCUGGCUCUCGCACAUUUGUUCACGAACGUGUAUAUGAUGAAUUUGUAGAAAAAGCAAAGGCACGGGCCAUGCAACGGGCUGUUGGUGAUCCAUUCAAGCAGGGAAUUGAACAAGGUCCUCAGGUUGACUCUGAUCAAUUUGAGAAGAUUCUGAAGUACAUAAGAUCUGGUAUUGAGAGCGGAGCUAAUCUUGAAACCGGAGGUGAGCAACUAGGCGGUAAGGGCUACUAUAUUAAGCCCACUGUUUUCUCUAAUGUUCAGGAUGACAUGUUGAUUGCAAAGGAUGAGAUCUUUGGUCCAGUGCAGUCAAUCUUGAAGUACAAGGAUCUUGAUGAAGUGAUACGAAGGGCAAAUGCCUCGCCCUAUGGACUGGCCGCAGGGGUUUUUACCCAGAACAUCGACACAGCCAACACUUUGAUGCGAGCAUUGAAAGUUGGGACAGUAUGGAUUAAUUGCUUCGAUACUUUUGAUGCUGCAAUUCCUUUUGGUGGGUACAAGAUGAGUGGGCAGGGCAGAGAAAAGGGAGAAUACAGUCUCAAGAACUACUUGCAAGUGAAGGCUGUUGUUACUCCAUUNUACAUUACUUUUGAUGCUGCAAUUCCUUUGGGUGGGUACAAGAUGAGUGGACAGGGCAGAGAAAAGGGAGAAUACAGUCUCAAGAACUACUUGCAAGUGAAGGCUGUUGUUACUCCAUUGACAAAUCCAGCAUGGUUGUAGAUCUCUUCUUUUUUAUUUUGACGCUGUUGAAAAUAAUGAUGGUGAUGAUGAUGAUAAGAUCAUGGAAUCUGGUUUCCUCCUUAUGUUGGAAAGGAAGGAUAGAUUAUGUUGAGCUCCAUGGUUGAGUGUAAAGAAUGCUGCUUCAUUUUCUGUACGAGUGUUUUAUUAUGCUCUUUUCAAUGCCGAGGUAAUAAUAAAAAUAUUGGUGUGAAUAUAUAUGUGUCGUUUGUA